GUAAAGUGAGUACAGAAUCACAGCCUUUGUUGUCAAAUAGCGAAGGUUUUAUUAAACGCCUUGGCGUUUCUUGCAAAGAAGGCGCAUGAAAAGUGGGCGUUUCAUAAAACGCUUCUCACGAUAUCGGGCAAUCGAGACUACAACAACAAACAUGGUGUUUCGAAUCGAAAAAGCUGAAUUACUUUUGCUAAGCUGGGAAGGUGUAAUCUGCAAAUUCAAUGCAACAUGUGUUAGCUAACUAGCCACCAGCUAUAGCUAGCUAGCUAAGUUUUUAUUAUCAAAGAAAACAACAGGCCUUUAUUACAUUUUUCGGUAUAACAAAUAUCUAUCCUCCACAGUUCAUCAUUUAUAUAGCUAUAUAUCUAACAUUGUAGCGUUUUGUAAAGGUAGCUAACUGCUGCUGGCAUCCCGCAUCCUUGAUAAACCCAAAUCCAGGAUACCUUUAAAAAGGUAAAAAAGUUACCUAUAUAGUAUGAUCCAAAGCAGAGUUUAAGCCUAUUUUCCAGUCUUUUUGGCGAUAAAAAAUAAACGUUUUCAAUGACUGGCAGAGGGACCAAAGAAAUUCACUGCACUUUUUGCACACAAUUGCCCUAAAGAAAAAUUCCAGAAGCAGGAUACUAUUGGCUUGUGUUUGCAUGUACUACUUGCAAUAUAAGUAUAAAAACAAUCUUUUUUUUAUGGUGAGUUUGUGUCUGAGCAACAACUUCUUUAGGCCACCGUCGAAAAUAUGUUUGGUUAGCGUCAUUUCUAAUUACAAAAGUGAGUCGGUCUGUCAGUCGGAUAAAAAUUUUUCCCGGAAAAUUACAAAAAUACUAUAUUUCGCAGCCAUAUUUUGUUAUUCAUUUUAAAUGUACGCCACCUGUAUUUUUAGCCUCCGUUUCAAGUUCGAUUUUUGUCAGUCAAUGUUGUUCCCAUGGUUUUCACUUGCAUUGCCAUAUAAAUGUGAAGUAAGAAAAUAUAGCACUGAGUAGCGCACCGCAGUCCCCUUUCGAAAUAACAUUUGGACGUAACAAACGUAAUUCGGAGGACCGCUGAAAAGGUAAAUGGUGGAUUUUUUGGUUAAUUUUUUACAAAUUUACCGACUCCCCGACUCGACUUUCGCCUUUCAAAGUGAAUCGUUGGGUGACGCUAACCAAUUAUAUUUUUGAGGGUGGCCUUACCGUAAAUAACAUUGCAUAUAAAGAUAUAAUGUUCAGUUGAUUUUUUUCAGUUGCUAGGCUGGUGAUAUUAAAAAAUAAUUAUAUAUAUACCGUUUUUUAAGGUUAAAAGUUUGACAAAAAGAUUUGGUGAUAUAAAAUAUGGCUAAAAAAGAAAAUAGAAUCCCAUACCUAAAAUCAGUUCAACGAGUCAACAGAUUUGCUGAUGGAAGGUCUAUUCGUUUUCGUUGUGGUAUGCAAAACACCAUAUACGAUGUUCUUACAUCCAGACCUGGCUGGGUUGAAGCUAAUGUAGAUGGAGAGUGGGACUUCAUUUGGAGUGACAGAUGUGGAAUACAAGAGAUUUAUGACAACCAAUAUUUGCAAGAGCAUGUCAAGUUAAAUCAUUUUCGUAACCAUUAUGAGUUGACACGCAAGAAUUUGAUGGCGAAAAAUUUAAAACGAUUAAAGAAACAAGCUGAAAGAGAACAUGGAAAACUGGAAGCAACAAAAUUUGAUUUCUUUCCAUCAACCUUUGAGUUGCCAAGUGAAUACCAUAUGUUUGUUGAGGAAUUUAAAAAGAAUCCUGGAAAGCUAUGGAUUAUGAAACCAAUCGGCAAGUCUCAAGGAAAAGGCAUCUUUUUGUUUAAGAAAUUAAAAGACAUAACUGAUUGGAGAAAAGAGGAUUAUUACAGAUCGAUUGACGAAAAGAAAGAAGAUAAAGAGCCACCCGAAGCAUACAUAGUACAACGAUAUUUAGACAAUCCAUAUUUAAUUGGAGGGAAGAAAUUCGAUCUCCGCGUGUACAUCUUGGCGACUUCAUAUAUUCCAUUGAAAGCGUGGUUGUAUAGGGAAGGCUUUGCUAGAUUUACUAACACCAGGUACUCGUUAAACUCCAUUGAUGAUCAAUACAUUCAUCUAACCAAUGUAGCCAUCCAAAAAACAGCCCCGGAUUAUGAUCCUGAAGGAUCAAAAUGGUCUAUUCACCAAUUACGUUUAUAUCUUACAGCAAGACACGGUGUAGAGAUUGUUGAAGAAUUAUUUCGUUUGAUGGAUGACAUCUUUAUUAAAAGUUUACAAAGUGUACAACGUGUCAUAAUUAACGAUAAACACUGCUUUGAACUUUAUGGCUACGAUAUUUUAAUCGAUUCCGAUCUUAAACCUUGGCUGUGUGAAAUUAACGCGUCUCCAUCUUUAACAGCUAGCAAUCAAAUCGACUACAACUUAAAAUAUGCAAUGCUGUCUGAUGUUUUAAAUGUACUCGAUAUGGAAGGAAGGUUAACAAGUAAAGAAAAACGUGUUGGUGGAUUCGACUUAAUAUGGCAUGAUGGACCAGUCACAAACGAAGAUUUGUCUACAUGUGAUUGUGCUCCAGCCGCGAAUACAUUUUUAGGAUGUGCAAACAAUCGCGAAACUCAGCUAAAAGAAAUAUACAAGGCAAGUGACCGCCUCAGGGAUAUGCAUUGACUUUUUACACACAAGCUCGACGGAAAUUUUGAUCACCGAUAAAAAAUAGUGACUUGGUAUACUGAUGUAGAAAAAAGCUUUAUGUUAUUUUCAUCCAAUUCAGUAGCGUGGUACAUAUCAACCUCAAUUCCAGCUCCCUUUCCGCACAAAAUGUAUAUUUCCCAAAUAGGUAAAAAGAGGUUAGCCCAUCUACCAAACAAUGUUAAUUAAAUUUCAGACUGAAGCAUUUUAUUCUGCUUAAUUUAUUGCGUAUCAAAAGCUAAAGUUUACUGAAGCUCAAAUCUGAUUCCCUUUGUUCAAAAAUGAAUCAUUUUUACUUACUAUUUUUACCGACUACAAGGUUUCAGAUUAAGGCAAUGAAAAUUUUUUUGUAUUUCUGAAGAUUUUUCUUCAUUCUAAAUAGGAGGUUACACUGCACUGGUAUUUUGCGAACUUCCCGUUUACGUUCGUUUUUGUGGACGGUGUAAAUGUUGUAUAUAAAAUCAUAUUAUUUAUUUGAAUAUAUAUGUAAAUAUGUAUAUACAUGGGUACGUAAAUCGAUAUUCCACAUAA